AUGUCCCAGUGCAAUCCCUUAUCCCAUGGGAUAUUGAAAGAGCUCGGCAAACUUGCAGAGUUGAAACAAAGGGGUCUGAUUCUUGACCGUCACUUCGAGACAAUCAAAGCACACAAGGACACUCGCCACCUGUACGACUACUGUGAGCAGCUGGAGCUAGACCAGAGUGCGCGCAAGAUGAAGUUGCCCUUAGACAAUUACAGCGGAGAUUCGGAUGCGGCUGUAGGCUCCUGGGUUUUGCUUGAGAGCAUCAGUAGAUCAGGAAGGUUGCUAAAUGCCAAAAUCUAG